AUGUGGUAUUAAAAUAAUAUUACUAUGAUUAUUUUAUUCUUUCUAAUCUGCAUUAACUAAAUAGUGAACCAAAAAAUCGAAAAGACUUAUUAGAGAGUGUAGGGUGUUUAAUCUUUCUCAAUAACCAAUUUAACAAAAGACGGCUUUCCUAUGAGAUCAAAGAUAGCCAUAUCUCUUACUUACUAUGAUGGAGAAAUACCUAUUUUCUUAUUGUGUUCAAAUAAACCAAAUGCCAAUGUGACGAUGGAAUAUGAUUCAAUCACAAAAGAAUAAUGUACUUAUGAUGCUAAUGCCUAUGAAGAUAAUAGUAAAAAGCAGGUAGUAUCUCUUUAGGACAGAUUAGAAAUGAAAAAAUAUCAUUCAAAUUUCAAUAUUUACGAAUUUAAAGGAAAGGGUUUAUUUAUAGGGGCAAUUUCAAAACUACAAUCUUCAUACAAAAUUCAAGCAGAAAUAAUACCAUUAUCAGCCUGUGCAAAAGAUUGUCGAUAUGGAGGAAGUUGCUUUUAAGGAGUUUGUUAAUGCAUGAAAGGAUCCUUUGGAGAUGACUGCAGUAUUCAAGGCUUGGAUAUUUUGUAAUAAACAACACUUUCAUCAAAUUAUUUAUAUUAUUUAGAUAUUGAAUAAUUAACUGGGGCAACUUUUUUAAGAGUCCUAUCAAGCUCUAUCAAUCUUAGAUCCUAAUGUUAUGCUGACAAACCUUAAAUUAACCAUGGAAUUUCAAUUCUAACCAAUUUGAUUUAGAUAGACAAUGAUAGAAUCUAGAAUUGUAAAGAUGUUACCUUUCUAGUCUCAGAUUAAAUGAAGGUGCAACAAACACCUUAUUAUUUAUUUAAACUUUCGGAUGAAUGUUAGGUUGAAAUAAUUGACAUAAAUGACGAAAAAGUAGGCGCUUCAACAAUUCUGUUCAUUUUAUUCAUCCCUUUACCAAUAGUUUUAAUCUUAAUUACAAUUUGCUGUUGCUAUAAGUUGUUCAAAAGCAAAGCAAAUUAAUAACACAAUUUAUAAACUGAACCAAACCCAACCACAUAUGUUGACUUAUAUAUACCAACCUAAAAAUUUUAAGAAAUUAAAGAUACUGAUGUUCAUUCGAUUAAUUUAGAUUAUUAGUAUUGCUCAAUUUGCUUAGAAAAAUUUGAUCUCUAAAAUAAUGUUAAGAUUACUUAUUGCAAACAUUUGUAUCAUUCUAAUUGCUUAUAACUCUGGAUUGAAAAGUUAAAAGUAUGUCCUCUUUGCAGAGCACCUUUGGAUGAGUAAACUAUUAUAUCAAUGCAAACUCAAAAGUCUAUGAGUCUUAUUGAUUAGAUUACAAGCAAAAGCACAAACAAAUUAAAACCAUCAUAAGCAUCUCUAAGUUUUUUGAAUAACCAUAACAUGACUAGGUUUUAAAAUAAUAAUUGCCAACGCAGUCUAAUUUACCUAGAUUAAUGA